UUUUUAUUGUUAUGUUGUUCGUUGCCUUACUGAAUUCAGACAAUCACAAAAAUCAUUCAUCCCUUGCAAUCACUGACCGCUGAAGCCACAGAUAACGCAUAUCAUGUAUGGCUGCAUCAUGAACUAAGAUAUAUCUUAGUUCAUGGGCUGCAUAGAUAAUAUAUAGAGGAUAGGCCAUUCAACAAAUAUUCGCGUGUUCAGAGAGCACCCAAGAAACCAGAGUGGUAGUAGGAUGGUCCAAUGUGGUUCAACGGUUAUCACUUAUCACUUUUCGUUUAUCAAUCAUUCAAAUUUCGUGCCUUUUUAAAUUGUCAUUUUGAAUAUACAAAUUUCGUGCCUUUUUUAAUUGUCAAUUAUUUGAAUAUUCAAAUUAUUUAACUUUUGUCACGUACCUCCAUAAUAUUUUUCAUAUUAUUCUAUUUGACAUUUUAUUUAACAUAAUAUACGUUCAAUUUAUUAUAAUGGUGCACAUAUGCGUGGUGUGCAAAUCAAAAUCCAAUACAAAUGAAGAAUUAUCUUUCCAUUUAUUUCCUAAAGAUGAUAGGCGAGGUGCCUGGAUGCAGGCUUUUGGGCUUACUGAGGUCAGUAAUUGGCAUAGUGUAUGUUCUAAGCAUUUUGAUGAGGAGCAUUUUAUCAGUAGUGGAGGCCAAAUGAUCCUUUUAAGAGAUGCUGUUCCUCUCGCUUCUAAAAAUGCUACUGCUACAACCAGUUUAAAUUCACCAUUGUCCCAAACAUUAGAACAUAAUAAUGAUACAUUUAUGGAAGAUUCACCAGUGAAUGCUAAGAGAAAAUUAUUUGAUUCUAUUUCACCUCUUGCCAAAAAAAAUUCAAAAUCCAGUAAUUCUACACGUUUUGGGGACCUUAGCAUUAAUGAUUUUAGUAGUCCUAAUAGAGCACGUCGCAAUUUUCCUGUUGUCCAAUCAACCAUUUCAGGUCUUCGCUCAAAAACUAAAAAUUUGAUGGAAAAAAAUCGUCGUUUACAAACUUAGGUCCAAUCUUUGCAAUCAAUAAUUUCUGAUUUGCAGUCAAAUUGUUAUAUUUCAGAUGCUGCAGCAGACAAUUUGAAGGUGAAUUUGGAUAUGUUGAUUGUUAAUGUUGUCAUUUAUGUUUAGUAUAUGUUUAAGUGUUUUUUCAGUAACCAGAUCCGCCAUUAAUAUAAAAUAAAAACUUUUAUGUACAAAUUGUUUUACUGUUUUGUUCAAUUUAUCUUGGUGGUUAGUUCAGUGUGUGUGUAUCAUAGUGUUGUCUUGGAAUACACAAAAAAAUGAUUAUUUUUUAAUAAAUAAACUGUUUUAUUUAAUCUUUGGUUUUGGAUAUAUUAAAAACACGGGAAAACAGUUUGAAGAAUAAGAAAGUAUACAACAAUGAAAUUAAACAAAUAUAUUUUGUUUAACAAAAAUGUAUAUUUAUAUACAUAAGCUAUUGCUACUAUAUUUAAUUCAUUUUGGUGGUUGGCUGAGAGCGAUAACUGCAAAUACACAAUAUAUGUUUUUUUUUUUUUACUUAGGCCUUGGAUUUAAAUGUAAUCUAAACUAUGUUACAGUCAUAUUUUAUUGAUUAUAGUGGUUGGUUGAGUGUUAACUGCAAAUAAGAAUAAUAUUAUUAUUUUUUUUUUUUAUAUAAUUAUUUUUCCUAGGCUUUGGGUUCAGAUGUUUUAAACAGUUUAAUAGCCAACAAUUUGGAGAAUAAGAAAUUAUAUAGUAAUGAAAUUAGGAGGUUUGCAUUAACUCUUCAUUACUAUUCACCCAAGGCAUAUGAUUUUGUGCGCAAUUCCUUUUCAAAUAUUCUACCACAUACCAGAACACUGCGUCGUUGGUAUACAG